UUUUCUGCCAUCCGCCAAGUGUGACACUCAAGAACGAGUUUCCAGACCGCUGCGCUGAAAAGCUAGACAACCGACACGCGUCCAUUGGGUGCUCCUGCUCGCGCUGAAAACUUGCCUGCCGGCGUGGAAGAAGUGCCACCUCGCACCAGUCAAGGCUCAGAAAAACAUUCACACAACACAAAAACUUACGAAGAUGGUCGAGAAUAUCCGACACUACACAAAUCCGCAGGAACGAGAAAAGGGGCGCGGUGGCGGGGUCGGCCGACGGCCGCAAGGUACGCGAUUGCUACCGCGACGCUCCUGCUGCAGGCGUCGCGCCUCCACGGACGACGCGUACGAGUGACCCCCCGUGGGGGACAUGAUUCGAAGGCCCCGCGGCAACUUCUGCCCGCGAAGAAGGCAGUCAAAAUGAAGAGAUUAUUCAAAUUGCUUCCGCAGGCCCCGCCCGCUGGAAGAAAACCCGCCUUUGGCCACGGCGCCGGGCCUCGAGCUGAGGACCUGACCCCCGACGGUGAGGGAUGGGGCUGCGGGAGUCCAUCCCUGCGAGCCCGCUGUGCAACUCCCCCGCUCGGGGAGAAGGGGCGACUCCUCAUGGAUGAGGAGGAGGAGGAGGAGGAGCCGUACAAUUUUUCUCGGAGUCCAACUCGGAGCCCGCAGGCGGCUCCAGGCCUGGAUGGCCUCAGCCCAGGCUGCGGCGGGGAGCUGUGCGCCUUCAGGCCGCUGCUCGCCGUGCCUCCUCCGUCUCCGCCCCUUCCCCCUGGAGCUGGGCAGCAGCCCUCCUCUUCGCCCUGCGGCGGGCGAGAGGUGAGACGCGUCGGCUGCAGACGGCUGCAGCGAGCCAGCGUUGAAGGCAACUGGGACGGGGGGCAAGUCCAGGUGGCAGGUAUUCUUCCAAGCACACGCAAAGCCUCCCGCCUCGCAUCGGCACUCCAAGGGAUGGGACCCCGAGACGCAGCGCCCUGGGGCGAGGAGGCCUUGAACGGCUGCAGGCUGCGGAGCAAAAAACGCACGUAGGAAACCGCAAAGGCCUCGACGAGUCUGCUCAGAGUCAGCCUAGCUGUGAGCGAAAGGGCAGCUCUGCCAUCCACAAGACUUCACGCCCUCCCCCAA